AUGACAACCCUUGAGCCUUAUAAAGGCAACUACUACCUUUGGAAAUAUCUACCCUCUCUCGAGGGCGCAGCUAUUUCUGCUGCCUUGUUUAGUAUCGCCACCAUAGCCCAUACGUUGCGGCUCUUCAAGAACCGAAGCUGGUUUGCCAUACCAUUUCCCAUCGGCGGAAUAAUGGAGGCUAUCGGGUUUGCUACCCGGGGUGUUGCAAGGAAGAAAACUGGCCAACUGAUGCCCUAUGUCAUCCAGAAUACCCUUAUUCUUCUGGCCCCCGUCUUCUUCGCAGCCUCGAUUUACAUGACGCUUGGCCGACUCAUCCGCAUGACCAAUGGCGAGCGUCACUCCGUCAUCAGUCUUAAGUGGCUCACCAAAAUCUUUGUUACUGGCGAUGUCCUCUCGCUUCUGGUUCAGGGAGGCGGAGCCGGUAUGAUGGUUAUGGAUGACUUUGCGAAGAUGGCAGAGAAAAUUGUAAUAGGAGGGUUGUUGAUUCAGAUCAUCAUCUUUGGGCUGUUCAUCAUCACGGUCACCAUGUUUCAUAUUCGAAUGCAUGGAGAUCCGGUCAGCAAGCACGCCUUGGCUGGUGGGUUUGAGUGGGAGCCUACGAUUUGGAUGCUCUCCAUCGUCAGUGUGCUCAUCAUGGGUCGUUCAAUCUUUCGAGUGGCAGAAUUCGUCAUGGGCAAUGACGGAUAUCUUCUUUCUCAUGAAUGGCCUCUCUACCUCUUUGACGCACUGCCGAUGUUUGCAGUUAUGGCCGUGUUUUGGCAUUGGUGGCCACUGACGUCUUCACAUCGAUCGAGUUGGACAUCGCUCAGGAGUCUCAAUAACCAAAGUCAUACUAGACUUUAA